AUGGAGGAGAAGCGGCACUGCUGCGCAGAGCGAACGCGGAACUGUAAAUUCAUCGAGUUUGAAGAUUCUCAAGAACAAGAGAAGAAGGACUUGCAGACCAGAGUGGAAGCAUUGGAAUCACAAACUCGACAGCUUGAACUAAAAGCAAAAAACUAUGCUGAUCAAAUUAGCAGACUUGAGGAGAGGGAGGCAGAACUCAAGAAAGAAUACAAUGCACUUCAUUCAAGACAUACAGAGAUGAUUCACAAUUACAUGGAGCACUUGGAAAGAACCAAACUUCAUCAGCUAUCAGGGGGUGAUCAGCUAGAAUCCACAACACACAGUAGAAUUAGGAAGGAGCGUCCGAUAUCCCUGGGCAUCUUCCCGCUGCCCCCGGGGGAUGCGCUGCUCACGCCCGACGCGCAGAGGGAGGGGGGCGAGACGCCCGGCUCCGAGCACUGGAAGUUCCAUGAGCUAAGCCAGCCACGGUCCCACACAAGCCUCAAGGAUGAGCUCUCUGAUGUUAGCCAAGCAGGCUCAAAAUCUACUACUCCAGCGUCCACAGCUCCUUCAGAUGUACCUGUACUGCCUGCUGAAACUCCUCAAAAGGAAGAUGCUGAAGGGCUUGCUAAGAACACAGAUAUGCCAAAUGAGAAGCUGGACGUAGGCAAGAAUAUUGAAGUACAGGUAGCUCAGGAGACAAGAAAUGUGUCUACUGGUGGAAAUGAAAAUGAAGAAAAAUCUGAAGUCCAGGCAAUCAUUGAGUCAACUCCAGAGUUGGAUAUGGAUAAAGAUCUCAGUGGAUAUAAGGGAUCCAGCACUCCUACCAAAGGCAUAGAGAACAAAGCAUUUGACCGUAACACGGAGUCACUCUUUGAAGAGCUGUCAUCUGCUGGUUCUGGCCUAAUUGGAGAUGUGGAUGAAGGUGCAGAUUUACUGGGAAUGGGUCGUGAGGUUGAAAACCUUAUUUUGGAAAACACUCAGCUGUUGGAGACAAAAAAUGCACUGAAUGUAGUGAAGAAUGAUUUGAUAGCCAAGGUGGAUGAAUUGACCUGUGAGAAGGAUGUACUACAAGGUGAAUUAGAGGCUGUAAAACAAGCAAAACAAAAGCUUGAAGAGAAGAAUAAGGAACUAGAAGAAGAGCUGAGAAAAGCUCGUGCAGAAGCAGAGGAAGCGAGACAGAAAGCUAAAGAGGAUGAUGAUAGUGAUGUCCCCACCGCUCAGCGGAAGCGUUUCACUCGUGUGGAAAUGGCCCGUGUCCUGAUGGAAAGAAAUCAGUAUAAAGAGAGGCUGAUGGAGCUUCAGGAAGCUGUCCGAUGGACAGAGAUGAUCAGAGCAUCAAGAGAAAAUCCAGCCAUGCAAGAAAAGAAGAGAUCAAGCAUUUGGCAGUUCAUGCCAGCUCGUUUUAGCAGACUCUUCAGUUCAUCUAGCAAUACAGCUAAGAAACCAGAACCUCCUGUGAAUGUUAAAUAUAAUGCUCCAACCUCGCAUAUUACUCCAUCAGUCAAGAAAAGAAGCAGCACUUUAUCUCAAUUACCGAGUGACAAAUCUAAAGCCUUUGAAUUCCUCAGUGAAGAAACUGAAGCCAGUUUAGCCUCACGCAGAGAGCAGAAAAGAGAGCAGUACCGCCAAGUGAAAGCACAUGUUCAGAAAGAGGAUGGUAGAGUGCAAGCAUUUGGCUGGAGUCUACCUCAGAAGUACAAACAGGUGGCAAAUGGUGGACAGGGUGAGAAUAAGAUGAAGAACUUGCCUGUACCUGUUUACCUGAGACCUUUAGAUGAGAAGGAUACCUCUAUGAAGCUGUGGUGUGCUGUAGGGGUGAACCUGUCAGGAGGGAAAACACGAGAUGGUGGGUCAGUGGUUGGUGCUAGUGUGUUCUACAAUGAUGUGACUGGUGUGGACGCAGAUGGCAACAAGCAGCAAACAGGAUCUCAAAGUAGCUUAGAUAGACUAGACCAAGAGCUCAAGGACCAGCAGAAGGAGCUGAAACAUCAGGAAGAAUUAUCCAGUCUAGUUUGGAUCUGUACUAGCACACAUUCUGCUACAAAAGUUAUCAUUAUUGAUGCUAAUCAACCAGGAAAUAUUCUGGACAGUUUCAUUGUUUGCAAUUCUCAUGUGCUUUGUAUUGCUAGUGUACCAGGGGCAAGGGAAACAGACUAUCCUGCAGGAGAAGAAGGGUCUCAGGAAGCAGACCCCAGUCAAGUGGACAAGUCAUCUCUGUGUGGAAGUAUGACCAGCAACAGCUCUGCAGAAACGGACAGCGUGCUGGGAGGAAUAACAGUCGUUGGCUGUACUGCAGAGGGUAUCACAGGAGCACCCACAGCUCACGAUGCAAACGGUGGCUCACCAAUGCCAGAUAAACAGUCAGAUACUGCAACUGAAAGUAAUUCAGUAGAUGAGAACAUUCCAACAGCAGAGGAGGCAACAGAAGCAACAGAAGUCAAUGCAGGGACAGGAGAAGACACAGCUGAUAUUGCACAAACUGGAGUCUACACAGAGCAUGUCUUUACAGAUCCUCUGGGAGUGCAGAACACAACAGAGGCAUCUCCAGUGUACCAGCCUAGUACUGAGUCAGAGUUAUAUAAAGAUGUUGCAGUUUUGCCAAAUGAGCAAGAUUUAGUGAGAGAAGAAGCACAGAAAAUGAGCAGCCUCUUACCAACAAUGUGGCUUGGAGCACAGAAUGGAUGCCUGUAUGUUCAUUCGUCAGUGGCGCAGUGGAGGAAAUGUGUUCAUGCCAUUAAACUUAAAGAUUCUAUUCUCAGUAUUGUACAUGUAAAAGGAAUAGUAUUAGUUGCACUAGCUGAUGGAACACUAGCAAUAUUUCACCGAGGAGUUGAUGGUCAGUGGGAUUUGACAAACUAUCACCUCUUAGACCUGGGCCGGCCGCAUCAUUCGAUAAGGUGCAUGACAGUGGUACAUGACAAAGUCUGGUGUGGCUACAGGAACAAAAUCUAUGUUGUUCAACCAAAGGCCAUGAAAAUAGAGGCAAGUUAA